AUGGGUCAGGAUGGCGAGCGACAGUGCGAGUGGCAACGCGCAAUCAAGAGCUACUCCAAAGCAUCCAUAACCGGCUUUCACAGCAUUCAUUCUCGCACAUCUGAUCGUGGUCGCAUGUACACAGUAAGAACGACUAUGGGCCCAGCCUGGGUGGGUCAUGUCCAAAAAGAUGAAGUGUGUUGCCAAGAGGAAGCAACAUAUGAUCAAUACUAUACACAUCUACAUAGAAGCUAG